AUGAUUGUUAAUAUUGAUUGUGCAUCCGCAUCAGGCACAAAAGGCAUGCCUCUAGACACCCUAGAUGUUGUCCGAGCUGCCUUGACUCAGUUAGAAAAUGAAGUUGGGAAUUCAGCUCAAUCAUCUCAGCCACCAUCAACUCCUCCCACAUCAUCCUUUGCUCAUUCAGGCACAAAAGGCAUGCCUCUAGACACCCUAGAUGUUGUCCGAGCUGCCUUGACUCAGUUAGAAAAUGAAGUUGGGAAUUCAGCUCAAUCAUCUCAGCCACCAUCAACUCCUCCCACAUCAUCCUUUGCUCAUUCAGAUUUUGGGGUGCAAUUAUCCAUAACAUAUAGAUCCACAAUUUUUAUGCUUCUUGGCUUCCAGGAGGAUAUAUGCAGCCCGGUUUCCUCUCAAAUUUUCGAAUUUUGCGAACAAGAAUUAUUCCCAGAAACUCUACAGAACUCUGACGUCUCUUCUUGUUCGAACUGUUGUUACGAAGAUAAUUCUUAUCCCACCAAUUUAUGCUCUUCAUUCUCUUCCAUCCCUUUAGAUGUAGGAAAGUUGAAUAUCAACAACAUCAACACUCCCACCAACCCCACCACCAACACAAACAAUAACUUCUCAAUCAUCUUCGACUCUCAAGAUGAGAAUGAUAACGACAUCUUUGCCUCCAUAAGCUUCUCGCCGAUAUCCACAUUCUCAGUACUUCCAUUACUGGAAGCUCAACAGGACCAGUUCGAUCUCCCAUCGCUGCAAGUGCAAAUCCCAGUAGCUGACUCUGCUAAUGGGAUCUCAACAUACUCUCCCGACCCCUCUGUCCCACUUACUGAACCUCCAUUACAGGCUGUUUUCGAAGAAGAUGGCUUAUCCUCGUUGCCUUCUUACGUGCGUCUGGACCCAUCUUCUCCUUCUUGUUCUGUCCUUGAUCCGACUACUUGUUCUAUCCUUGAUCCCACUAUGGGAUCUUUCCUGCCUGGGAAUUUGAGUACAGCACUAUCUGCUGAUGUUUCGGGGCUGUUUGGAGGAAGUAUUCUAAUGGGUGCUGAUCUGCAACCACAAGAAUUGGAGUUUCAAGGAGACAACUGUGGGCUUUAUGCUUCAACUUCACUGCAACGAGUUUACAGCUCGGGAGAGAUGCAGAACAUUAAUAAUGAUUCUACACAUUUGGUGAAUGGUGGUGGGGGCGCCUCUCUAACAUCUGAAAUCUCCGCCUUUGAAGAAUCCACCUACAAGGUUGGACGGCUCUCUGUUGAGGAAAGGAAAGAGAAGAUACAUAGGUACAUGAAGAAGAGAAAUGAGAGGAAUUUCAGUAAGAAAAUCAAGUAUGCAUGCCGUAAAACUUUGGCUGAUAGCAGACCUCGGGUCAGAGGAAGAUUUGCAAAGAAUGAUGAAUUGGGAGAAGCCGUGAGGCCCAAUUGCAGUAAUCAUGAAGUCGAGGAUGAAGAGGAAAUAACAGUGAAAGACGAUGAGGAGAUGAUUGAUGCUUCAGAUAUUUAUGCGCAUAUUAGUGGGGUGAAUUCCUUCAAAUGCAACUAUGCUCUCCAGUCCCAGUCCUGGAUGUGA